AUGAGAAAGGAGCCGGGUAACCGUUCUCGUCGUUCUCCACACGAACCCUCCUCUUCCUCGACCUAUACCUCACAAGGUAGGAAAACCGACACCGCCGGCCUCUUCCCCGGCUCUACACAUACCAAUGGCGACUCAGACGCCUCCUUCACCGAGUCACCCGAUUCCGACUUCCCCCCUACUCCCCGUAGAAGCCCUAAGCAACAACCUCGGGAUUUCCCUCGACCCAACCCAGUGUCUCACCAGAUUCCGACAGAGGGUAUCCACGACCACCAAGCUGGAGGACCUCGCGCCCGAGCCAACGCCAAAGUGCGCAGUUAUGUAGCCGACCAAGACCGUCAAGCGUUUCCGAGAAUUUCGAAACCGGUCGAACUUAUACAGGUCGCCUACGAUGUUGUGGUGAUCGGAUCCGGCUACGGUGGAGGUGUUGCGGCGUCACGGAUGGCUCGUACAGGCUCAUCGGUGUGUGUCCUUGAGCGUGGCCGUGAGAAGUGGCCUGGCGAGUACCCUACUGGUGCCGCGGACGCCUUCAAGGAACUCCAUACAUCCGGUACAUUCGCCCCGGGAUCUCUGGAUGGUAUACCCGUUGAGACGGGUGAUCCCACCGGCAUUUUAGGCCUCGGUGGAACAAGUCUCAUGAACGCUAAUGUCUUUAUGGAGGCCGAUAAGGGUACCUUGGCCAUGAAGGCUUGGCCUCCCGAGAUCCGGAACAAGGUGGACUCUUUGGACAAGUACUACGAGAAGGUAGAAAAAGUACUUGAGCCAGCAGAGUACCCCGAUGACUGGCCCGAGCUGCCGAAGGCCAAACUCCUCAAGAAGCAAGCCCAGUAUAUGGGCUAUGGUGACAGAUGGAGGAAGGUCAAGCAGACAACACGCUUCCAGAAUGGCCCAAAUAGCUGUGGGGUUGAGAUGUCGGCAUCGGCUUUGACCGGCCAGGAUGCUACUGGCGUCAACGACGGCUCAAAGACGACCACCCUGGUUACUUAUCUGGCCGAUGCCUGGAACUGGGGCGCCGAACUGUUCUGCGAGUGCGAGGUGCGGUACAUUGAAAAGGCCAAGGACGAGCAGGGUAACGAUGACGGCUACCUUGUCUACUUCGCCUGGCAUGGCCGCAACCGAGGCCAUUUCAAAGCGAACCUUCACGGCGACCUCAUGUGGGUUCGUGCGCGGAAAGCAGUCUUCUUGGGCGCUGGCGCCCUUGCAACUCCCGAGGUCCUGCUCAGAAGCAAAGCAAUGGGUCUUGAGAUGAGCAACUUGGUCGGACAGAACAUGAGCGGGAAUGGAGAUAUCCUGGCGUUUGGAUACAACACCCACGAGACAGUGAACGGCAUUGGCCGGGCAUACCCUUCGCCGUAUAACCCCAUUGGACCUUGCAUCACCAGUGUCAUCGAUUGCAGGCAUAACCUAGAGAACCCCCUUGACGGAUUCGUCAUCGAAGAGGGCUCUGUUCCUCACGCCCUCGCACACUUCCUACAAGCGAUGCUUGACCUGAUGCCAGGAAGCGAAGAACCCAAGAACUUGACGGUUCUUGACAAGGCACACUCUGCUCUGGCUCGUUAUGGUAGCAGAUUCUUGGGCCCUUACUUCAAGAAGGGUGCCAUUGCGAGGACGCAGGUUUACCUCAUCAUGUCUCAUGAUAGUAACCAGGCCAUGCUGACCUUGCAGGACGAUAAGCCAGUCCUUGAGUUCCUUGGCGUUGGUCGAAGUGAUCAUGUUAAGAAGCUCAAUCACCUUUUAGCACAAGCUACGCAGGCUGUUGGCGGUACCUAUGUUAAGAACCCCUUCGACGCCAUGUUGGGUAACCAACAAGUAACAGUCCAUCCUAUCGGCGGAGCUUGUAUGGCCCGAGACAAUACGGGUCGGACCGGUGUCACCAACCAUGUGGGCGAGGUGUUCACGGGACUCGGAAGUGAGACCCAUGACGGCCUCAUCGUCACAGACGCCGCGGUGAUUCCCACCGCUCUGGGUGCCAAUCCUUUUGCUACCAUUGCUGCCCUAGCAGAGCGGUCUGUCGAAGCAUACUGCCAGCGCCAGGGUUUGCAAAUCAGCGAUGAGGAGAACGGUACCCUUGAUCUUUUUGGCGAGCCGCAACAUAAGCCCAAGCAGCAUUUGCCACAGAGGACUGUCUCAAAGAUCGAAGCUGUGGAAGAGGGGUACAGUCUCGGCUACGCAACCAGAGCUAUCCAAAUGGCCAAGGAGCUUUGCUCAAGCGGCAUGGGUUUUACUGAGGUCAUGUCCGGCUUCAUCCAUCAUGAUCCUAACAUGAACACUGAUGAGCGGUCUACAUACGAGCUUGCCUACCGGACCGCCAAAUCGCUCUGUGAAAGUGCUCGCUUCUUCCUCAGUGUUCAGGCUUUCGACACUCUAAGGACGCUUUCACACGCUCAGCAUCGGGCCAUGCUUACGGGAACCUUUGUGUGCCCCGCUAUUCCUGGCUCACCAUUCAUGGUUCGGAGAGGCGAAUUCAACCUGUUCAUCAUUGAUGACAAGGCACCCGGUACCCGCAACUUGACAUAUGAUUUUGAUAUGACCGGCGUCGAUGGUAGGAGGCUGCACUUCCACGGUUACAAGGUCGUUGAUUCGUCUGUUGCGCUGAACCCUCUUCAGUUUUGGCGCUCGACUAGCACACUCUACGUGACAGUCAGCGAGCAUGUGGACGGAAUGUGCAGCAAUCUCGACGAUGAAAACGCUUGGAGGCGUGGCAAGGUACUCGCCAAGGGUAUUAUGCACAUUCAGCCGAAGGACUUCCUCUCUGAGAUCAUGACCAUGACCCCAACUGGCAGCAACCUCUUGAAGAAGGUAGCCAGUGCGGCUAGUUUCAUGACCUUCUUUACCCGCAAGUCUCUCUCUCUCUUCAUGGCACCGUUGACCCCUCUCGAGUACCCAAGCAUGUUGCCUACCGGCUACAUCAACAACACACCGCCAACGGAGUCCCAUGCCAUCUACGCCGAGGAUGGAGUUUGCACUCGCCUGCAUAUGUGGGAGCCAACUCACUAUCCUGAUAACGACAGGAAGAGCAUCAAAAACCUCUUCAUGGUUCCCGGCGCGGCAGUUGAUCACCACAUCUUUGCCCUUCCUACCAUCCGGUACAACGCCGUCAAUUACUUCAGACGUGCCGGUUAUCGUGUCUUCAUCACAGUUCACCGUAUCGGACAGCUUAUGGUUGCGGAGAACAGCUGGACUACCUAUGACGCCCGUCUUGACAUCAAGGCAUGCAUGCAGUACAUUCGCGAGAAAUACGGCCGGGAGAAGAUCUACACCAUCGCACACUGCAUGGGCAGCGUGGCGCUUUCCACCGGUAUGCUUGACGGGACGAUCCCAACCGACUGGUUCCUGGGUGUUUCCUGCUCUCAAGUCUUCAUGAACCCCAUCUGGCAAACCAUGAACCUCAUCAAGGCCACCACCGGCCCCUAUGACAAGAUCUAUAGGGCCCUUGCGGGCAACUGGUUCAGCUGCAGCACCAGCCGCGACGACAGCUAUGUCCAGCAGGCUCUCAACCAGCUCCUGCGUCUCUAUCCUCAACCGCGGAAGGAGAUCUGCAACAACGCAGCCUGCCACCGCACCAGCCUGGUGUUCGGUCGGUGCUGGAACCACAGCAACCUGAACGAGGCGACGCACAGGCAGAUCGACCGCUUCUUCGGCGGCGUCAACAUGAAGUUGCUGCACCUGCUCAUGAAACAGGGCGCCGAGGGGCACGUCAUGACCAAUGAGCCCCUGUGCCGGCGUCUCGACACGCCCGAGAAUAUUCAGCGGCUCAAGGGUAUUCCGUUCCUGCUGUUUGUCGGCCGCGACCAGGCUGUGCUGUCGCCCGCGGCGACGGAGCGCACCUAUGAGAUCCUGUGCAACACUUUUGGCACCAACGAUACCAGCUACAAGAGGCGCGUGGUGCCCGGGGAGGAGGUGGAUAGAGUGUGCAGAGGGGAGACGUACAAGUUUGUGGAGCCGAAUGAUGAGUUUAAGGAGAUGGUUGAUUCUGGGGAGUUGCUUUACUGA